AUAAGCUAUUUAUCGAGACAACAGCUAGCAGUUUAACGUAUAUGCACACGUGCAAUUUCUGUGAGAGUAAUGAAACAAUCAGCAUAUGGAAACCUUAUCGGUUUCGUGUGUCGUGCUUGUCUCGAUGGAGAGAGAUGUUUUCGAUUAGUAGAUAUUAAAAUGGACAUAAAGUGUUUUGCAGCUAUAUAAAUCGACUGUCAUAAGUUCACUACUAGUCAGUCAGUAAACGUCUAAACAUUCUAGCCGUGCAUUGCAUGUUAGAAAGCACGAUCGUUAGCUAACCUAUAUAUCUCUGGAGUGUGUCUUAAAUGCAUUGAUGAUUUGCUGCUUGGUAAAACCUAACUUUUAACGACUUAUGCAAAGCAAAUUAGUCACUGCUGUACAGCGAACUAACAGCUCGUUCCAAAAAGUGGAAAUGCAUGUGGCUGUAGCGAUGGAAAGCGUUUCAAAUCAUUUGGGCUCAAACUGCCAAUGUAGGGCUAUUUUGGUGCAAUAGGUAAGGGGAAUGGCUGAGACGGCCGAAAGCAAGAAAGAAGAGGCGGAUUACAAAAGGGUCCACAGCUUCCCUUUGAUCAGGCACACGGACAUGCCUGAGGAGAUGAGAGUGGAGACCAUGGAGCUGUGUGUCACAGCCUGUGAGAAGUUUGCCACCAACAAUGAGAGUGCAGCGAAGAUGAUCAAGGAGUCGAUGGAUAAGAAGUUCGGAAGCUCGUGGCACGUGGUGAUCGGGGAGGGCUUCGGGUUCGAGAUCACGCACGAAGUCAAGAAUCUGCUGUACAUGUUCUUUGGAGGCAGUCUGGCAGUGUGUGUGUGGAAGUGCUCCUAGCGAGGUGUGUGUGUGUGUGUGUGUGUGUGUGUGUGUGUGUGUAAGUGCUCCUAGCGAGGUGUAUGUGUGUGUGUGUGUGUGUGUGUGUGGAAGUGCUCCUACCAAGGUCUUCUGCUGACCUGUGUUUGUGUGUGUGUCUGUCAGUCAGUGUAAGUGUGUGGGGCUCUGCUCCUCAACUCCAGCCUCUCUAUACCGUUAUGUCCUGCUCUGACCUGCCUGUCUGUGUUAGAUCAGAUCAGGCUUGUUCUGCAGAAAUGCCUCAUAUCCAGUGUCUCCUGCUGCAGACUUGCUCUCAGAGAAACCGCGUCUGAAUCCUCAUCACUCUCUUCUGUUGGCCUCCCAUCCUUCCUCUUACACGCCAUUUUAGAAAUUCACCUCACAUUUCCUCUCACUUUCUGGGAGGGGAAAAAAAAUGUUUAUCUCUAUGAGCUGUCUGGCCAUCUGUCAGCAAAACACUCACAUCCCUGUUCUUCCCUCCCUCUCUGUCUCGUAAGUCCUUUUUUAACUACACUAGUAUAAGUAUUUUGUAAUUCUACUGUUCAUUGUGUAAAUAGUUUGCAACUGUAAAGACUUGAAUCUGAUUUUUGUAUAACACGUCCUCAUGUUGAAUAUUGAAGUGCUGAUGGUGAUGGUGGUUUGUUCCGACACAUCACAAGGGCUCAGUCACUCUAACUUGAAGGAAUAUUUCUGCAAUGUUAGCGAAAUUAAAUUUUAAAUCUGAAAUAAGGUUUUUGUCAUAAAAUGUUUUAUGGGUGGUAUUUGUAUUAUUGAGAAAAUAAUUGUUGUUAUGAUUAUUAAUGAGAUUUUUUUUUUUUUCUGGUGUUAAAAAUCUGUGCAGCGCGAGUAUAGGUGACCUAGUUAAUUGCAUAAUAAAAUCCAAAUUCGACAGGAGAA